AUGGUCGCUGGCAACGCGCGCUACGUGCGCUACAUUAUCAUUGCAGUCUUUACCCUCGCCGUCUUCUAUUUCGUUUCCAGCUCCAAGUACGACACUGUGACGAUCCCCUCUGGCUUGGGUAAAACUGGCCAACCUGCACAGAAAGGGAAGACCGACGAGAGCAGAAGUCAGCCCCAGCAGCCUAUCGACAAGGCCAAGGGUGGCUCUGACAACACCGUUACAACCCCCAAGCCGCAGAAAGGAGACGAUGCAAAGUCCCCGCUCGCCCUGACUCCAGAAGAUCCUAACUGGGAUGCUAAACUGGUCUCUCCCGCUCCUGGUCCUCGCAUGAAUGCCACGUUUGUUACCUUGGCUCGCAACAGCGAUGUUUGGGACAUCGCCCGCUCGAUCCGCCAGGUCGAAGACAGAUUCAACCGACGAUACAACUACGACUGGGUGUUCCUCAACGACAAGGAAUUCGACGAUACUUUCAUCAAGAUCACCACCUCUCUGGUCUCCGGAAAGACGCACUAUGGCAAGAUAGCUGAGGAGCACUGGUCAUUCCCUGAGUGGAUUGACCAGGACAAGGCCAAGAAGGUGCGCGAGGACAUGGCUGAGCGCAAGAUCAUCUACGGUGACUCGGUGAGCUACCGUCACAUGUGCCGCUUCGAGUCCGGUUUCUUCUUCCGACAGCCCCUCAUGAUGAACUACGAAUACUACUGGCGUGUUGAGCCUUCCAUUGAGCUGUACUGCGACAUCCACUACGAUCCCUUCCGCGUCAUGCACGAAGGUGGCAAGAAAUACAGCUUUGUUCUUAGCUUGUACGAGUACGCAGAGACUAUCAAAACUCUCUGGGACAGCACAAAGAAGUUCAUGAAGAACCAUCCCGAGCACCUUGCUGCGGAUAAUGCCAUGCAAUUCCUCAGUGAUGACGGUGGCGAAACCUACAAUAACUGCCAUUUCUGGUCCAACUUCGAGGUCGGCAACCUGAACUGGCUCCGGAGCAAGGCUUACAUUGACUUCUUUGAGUCUCUCGACCGGGAUGGUGGCUUCUUCUACGAGCGAUGGGGCGAUGCUCCUGUUCACUCUAUUGCAGCUGGGCUCAUGUUGAACAAGAGCGAGAUUCACUUCUUCAAUGACAUUGCUUACUGGCACGUUCCCUUCACCCACUGCCCUACCGGCGAGAAGACCCGAUUGGCGCUCCGAUGUCACUGCAACCCCAGCGAAAACUUUGAUUGGAAGGGCUACUCUUGCACUUCCAGAUUCUUUGAUGUCACUGGCCAAACCAAACCCGCGGGAUGGGAGGACCAGAAGGAUUAA